AGCAAAACAAGAAUUCAAAAAAGAAAAGAAAAAGAAGAAGCAAAACAAAAGGUGGAAGGAAAAGGAAAAGGUGCUUUCUUCACGAUCCGUGACGCAGAGGGUGAGAGGGAGAGAAUGGAGGCCCUGAAAGCCUCGUACGGAGACGCAGCUUCCGACUCCGACGAUCCAACUCCAGUCAACAUCCGCUCCCCAAUGCCUUUGCCCCCACCUCCUCUCUCACUCCUCAACCCUCCCACUUCCAAUCCCCUUGGGACUCUGGAUCGCCUGCAAACUGGUCAGGCCAGUAGAGUUAGGAGCUUUCCCCAUGUAGAUGGAAACUAUGCCUUGCAUGUGUACAUCCCAGUUUACAUACCAUCUAUACCAAAGAAGGAGCUGGCCUUGUUUUUGAAAAAGAUCUCAUUUCUUGUACCCGGUCUUCAUGUGGUUGAUGUUGAUGUCCCACUUAACAUUCUGUGCAAAGAUGAUCUCAAGCUUGAACAAGUUGCCCUAGGAAGAGAAUUCCACAUAAGUUUGGGAAGAACUGUCCCAAUCCGGGUGCACCAGAUUGACUCAGUGGUGGCAAUGCUUCGGCAGAAGCUUCAGUUUCAGAAGCGGUAUUGGAUUGAUUUAAGUAAGUUGCAAGUUUUUGUCAAUGAUGAUCAUACACGAACCUUUUUAUCAAUUGAAGUUAUUACGGGAGGAUUAGCUGAGAUAAAAAGGCAGAUUCACGCUGUUAAUGAGGUUUAUAGGCUCCACAAGCUUCCCGAGUUCUAUAAGGAUCCACGACCCCAUAUAUCCUUAGCUUGGGCAUUGGGUGACAGCAGCGAUUCCCUACAGAGAGUGGUUGACGAAGAAAUGAAGAGAUCUAAUGUAGGGGGCUCAUCACAGAAAUGCAUCUUUACAAGUAAAUUCAAUGGUAUUGAGUGCAAGAUUGGUAAAAAAACAUAUAAAAUAUGUAAAUUUCAAGAUGAAUAAUUAAGCUUCAUAAUUAUAGUGUCGGUGCUGAAGAGUUUUACGUGUGGUAUUGUAUUUGAUGAGAAACAUUUUGUUACUUCCACAUCAUCAAUUGGAUGAUGGAGGAUGGCUGGGUAAAGGAAAAGACUAAAAUGUAAAAAGUUAUUGUGACUGUUCAUCGUUUAGUUCUACUGGCUUUUUCUAGUCAAAGAGAAACGAAAUAUGGCUUUGGUCUCA